AGCUGCGGUGUAUAUUACUUUGUGGAAAAUUUUCUCAAGUACAGCACCAGAUUCAGAUAAAUGUGCCUAAGAACUCCAAGCAAUUUGCAUACUCAUAUGUCGUGCCAGAUUGAAGAGUUGCUGAGAAAUGGUGGAAAGAAACUUUUUCUCCAGCCGAUUAGGGUUUCAGAAUGCUGUUCUUUUUUCUUUUUGUCCUUACCUGUAAUGCCAGCCACUAGUUAGCAUCUGGAGUUGAAGCUGACUUUACUGUUAGCUCGCGACAAGUGCGUUCAAUGGCCCCACUUUCGCGAUCAAGUGUAGAAAUAGAAUCAGAAAGACACAGCACGUCUUCAGGCAUCCAACAAUCAUCAGCUUCUUCCAAAUCGAAGAAAUUGAAGCUCAUCCACUUGAUAUUCCUCAUUUACUUCGAAGUCUCCGGUGGGCCAUUCGGCGAGGAGCCAGCGGUACAGAAAGGCGGUCCACUUGUAGCUUUGCUGGGGUUCAUCAUAUUCCCGUUUGUGUGGAGUAUACCAGAGGCGCUGCUGACGGCGGAGCUGGCGACGGCGUACCCGGACAACGGCGGGUAUGUGGUGUGGGCGACAGCGGCAUUCGGGCCGUUCUGGGGGUUUCUCAUGGGAUGGUGGAAAUGGCUCAACGGCGUCAUUGGCAAUGCGGCGUACCCGGCCCUCUGCCUGGACUACCUAAAGAUCAUCUUCCCAGCAUUCGGGCAUGGCAGCAUCCGAAUGGUGGGAAUUUUGGUGUACACGCUGGCAUCGAGCUAUCUCAACUUCAUGGGGCUCACAAUAGUGGGUUGGACGGCGGUUACACUCGGACUAGUGUCACUGAUUCCCUUCUAUAUCAUGUUUUUCUUCUCCAUUCCGAAGCUGAAGCCCUCGCGAUGGGGUGCGCGGCCCAAGGGCAGCGUGGACUGGACGACUUUCUUCUGGAAUCUGAAUUUCUGGGACAGCGUGAGCACACUGGCGGGUGAGGUAGAGCACCCGCAGCGAACGUUCCCUCGGGCGCUCUUGUGCGCGGGGUUGCUGACAUGCGUGGGGUAUAUUGUACCCCUGCUAGCCGCUACGGGGGCGUUGGAGUUGAAAAAGGAGUCGUGGAGCAACGGGUACUUGGCCGAGGCUGCGGGAGAAAUCGCGGGUGCGUGGUUAAAAUACUGGAUAGAAGUCGGCGCUGUGUUGUCCACAGUGGGGCUGUUUGAAGCCCAGAUGAGCAGCACGUCGUUUCAGCUGUUGGGGAUGGCAAAGAUUGGGCUCCUGCCUGCUUGCAUGGCCAAACGCUCUACUUACAACACACCCUUGUUGGGAUUCCUUGUCUCCGCUGGGGCCACGCUUGUCCUCUCCUACCUCAAAUUCGAAACCAUCGUAAAAGCCGCAAAUUUUGUGUACAGCUGCGGGAUGCUUCUUGAAUUUGCUUCAUUUCUGCGGCUGAGGCGCAAGUUUCCCGAGCUGAGCAGGCCCUACAGAGUGCCCGUCGGGAUACACGUCUUGACUGUCAUAUGCGCGAUGCCCAUGGCGUUUCUCAUCUUUGUUAUGGCUCAGAAUAGAUUGGUUAUCUACGUACUCGGUUUCUCCGUGACGGUGGUGGGCAUUUUGGCCUACCUUUUGAUGAAUGUUUGUAAGAAGAGGAAUUGGAUGGAGUUUGCUGUUACGGAAGUGAGUAGGCUUCAAAGCUUGCCUGAGAAUCAAACAGAGGCGAAGACAGAGAGCAAUGGAAGCGUUUAACACCAGACCUGAUCUGUACAUUCGUUGAAGGCGUUAAUACUUAUUUGCCGCCCAAUUAUUUUAGACCAAUAAUCUGAAAGAUUGCGAUAGGAGGCGUGAUAUUCUGGAGUUUUUGAUUAUCACAUUGAAAAUGGUGCAGGGUCCCGGGUCUUUUCUGGUGAGAUUUCACAUUAGUCAGUUAAACAAAGGUUAGAGUGUGUUAUUUAAGUCACAUGUAUGUGUGUGCUAGUUGUUACAUGAUCAAAUCUUGUCGUUACUACCAAGAUGUGUUCAGA